UGGCAUGUGCCUCUACAACGAAGUAAAAAAAAGUGUAGUCCGAAACUUUUUUCCAAGGCAUGGAGGAGGUCUCACGCAAAGUUUAGGCUCCACACUCUUUAGUUAUACACGGAGGAAAACAACCAAAGAACGCAGAGAUUUGUAAAUCUUUUUCGAGACGAGGUUCUUACUUUGCCACCUUGGAGUUCGAUUCUUUUCCGGAUUUAUCGUAGUCGCUUGGAGUUCGUGUUUUUGGGAACGGAGUGGGAAUUUUACCGUGUCGAAAAUGUCCUCUCCAACGCGGCCACUGAGGGCUGCGAAGUAUGCAGUUGUCUGCCUCUUACUAUGGCGAGUGGAACUAAUACUUGGAAAUGGAGAAAAAUCACAGUCGUGUCCUUCUCCCUGCACGUGUAUAGAUACUUUAUUGGACUGCAGUCGACACAAGUUGGGGAAAGUUCCCGAUAAUCUGCCGUUGUGGAUCGAACAGUUGGACCUGAGCCAUAACAAACUGCAGUCACUUGACGGUUCUUUGUUUGGGAAACUACAGCACCUAAGUGAAAUAAAGUUAAACAACAACGAGCUGGAAGCCAUUCCUGAUCUGGGUCCCGUGGCAGGCAACAUCACCGCUCUGUUUCUAGCAAACAACAAGAUCAGCAGGCUGUCACCGGAGCACCUGAAGCACAUGGUGGCCCUGGAGACGCUGGACCUCAGCAACAACAACCUGGCCGAGCUGCGCAGCGGCUCGCUGCCCCCCCUGCCUCUCAAGAACCUGAUCCUGAACAACAACCGGAUAUCUGUGCUUGAGCUGGGCUGCUUCGGGAACCUGUCCGCAACACUCCAAGUUCUCCGUCUCAAUCGGAACCGGAUCUCCAACAUCCCUGCCAAGCUCUUCCAGCUCCCCAACCUGCAGCAUCUGGAUCUGAGCCGGAACCGCGUGCGACGCAUUGAGGGCCUGACGUUCCACGGUCUGAUCGGGCUCCGGUCGCUGCGCAUGCAGCGGAACGGCAUCACCCGCCUCAUGGACGGAGCCUUCUGGGGCCUCAGCAACAUGGAAGUCUUGCAGCUGGAGUUCAACAACCUGACUGAGGUGAGCAAGGGCUGGCUGUACGGGCUCCUGACGCUGCAGCAGCUGCACCUGGCCCACAACACCAUCAGCCGGAUCCGCCUCGACGCCUGGGAGUUCUGCCAGAGGCUCAGCGAGCUGGACCUGAGCUCCAACCACCUGACCAGGCUGGAGGAGUCCAGCUUUGCGGGCCUCAGCGAACUCGACCAGCUCCACAUCGGCAACAACCAAGUCAGCUUUGUCGCCGACGGCGCCUUCCGCGGUCUCUCGCGGCUACAGACCCUGGAUUUGAAAAACAAUGAAAUCUCGUGGACCAUCGAGGACAUGAACGGGCCUUUUCGGGUAUUGGACAAGCUGAAGAAGCUGUUUCUGCAGGGGAACCGCAUCCGUUCCGUCACCAAGAGUUCCUUCUCUGGACUGAAAAUGCUGGAGCACCUCGACCUGAGUAACAACGCCAUCAUGUCCAUCCAGGCCAAUGCCUUCUCUGAGAUGAAACUGCUGACUGAGCUCCACCUCAACACGUCCAGCCUGCUGUGCGACUGCCAGCUGAAGUGGUUCCCUCAGUGGGUGGCCGAGCACGCCUUCCUCCCGCUGGUCAACGCCAGCUGCGCCCAUCCCCAGAUGCUCAAGGCCAAGAGCGUCUUCAUCGUCAGCCAGGACCAGUUUGUUUGUGACGACUUCCCCAAGCCUCAGAUCACGGUGCAGCCCGAAACCCAGUCGGCCAUUAAAGGCACCAACGUGACCUUCGUGUGCUCGGCAGCCAGCUCCAGUGACUCGCCCAUGACGUUCGCCUGGAAGAAGGACAACGAGAACCUGAACGACGCGGAAAUCCACAACCAGGCGCACGUCCGGGCCCAGGGCGGAGAGGUGACGGAGUACACCACCACUCUCCAGCUCCGUCACGUGGAGUUCUCCACUGAGGGGAAGUUCCAGUGCGUGAUUUCCAACCACUUUGGCUCCUCCUACUCCAACAAGGCCAAGCUCACAGUCAACAUGCUGCCGUCUUUCACCAAAAUGCCUAUGGACCUGACCAUCCGAGCUGGAGCGACUGCGCGUCUGGAGUGUGCUGCGGUGGGGCAUCCCUCCCCGCAGAUCGCCUGGCAGAAGGACGGUGGCACCGACUUCCCCGCUGCCCGUGAGCGGCGAAUGCACGUGAUGCCCGAGGACGACGUGUUCUUCAUCGUCGAUGUGAAAACGGAGGACAUCGGCGUAUACAGCUGCACCGCCCAGAACACAGCCGGAGCCAUAUCUGCCAAUGCUACGCUAACGGUGCUAGAAACCCCCUCAUUCCUGCGUCCUCUGACCGACCGCACCAUCGCUAAGGGCGAGACGGCCGUGCUCCAGUGCAUCGCCGGGGGCAGCCCCCCGCCUCGCCUCAACUGGACCAAAGAUGACAGCCCACUGCUGGUCACCGAGCGACACUUCUUCGCCGCGGGCAACCAGCUGCUCAUCAUCGUGGAUGCGGCCGAAGGUGACGCCGGGAAGUACACGUGCGAGAUGUCCAACCCCCUGGGGACGGAGCGCGGGCACCUGCGUCUGGCGGUGCUGCCCAACCCCAACUGCGACUCCAGCCUACCGCAGCCGACUUCCACCAACCCGGAUGAGGAUGGUUGGACCACGGUGGGCAUCGUGAUCAUCGCUGUGGUGUGUUGCGUGGUGGGCACCUCGCUCGUGUGGGUGGUCAUCAUCUACCACACACGCCGACGCAACGAGGACUGCAGUGUCACCAACACAGAUGAGACUAACCUUCCAGCCGACAUUCCCAGCUACCUGUCCUCUCAGGGCACACUAGCGGACCGCCAGGAUGGGUACGUGCCAUCGGAGAGCAGCAGUAACCACCAGUUCAUGGCCCCCUCGAUGGGUGGCUUCUACAUGCAGUCCAAAGACAUGAAUGGUCUAUGCCAACUGGACACAGGAAGUGAAGCCGACUUGGAGGCAGCCAUUGAUCCCCUACUCUGCCAUUACCAGGGCCCCAUCGGCUCGCUCCUCAAACAGGGGAACCUGUAUGGACCAGACCCCACUGAUGUCUUCUCAGGCAGCAGUAUGGACCAGAGGUCCAUGUGCAUCGACUCCUACAGCGGCAGCCUCAGCAGCUCCAAGACGAGGGACUACUUCCCCUGCCCGCCCGGCCUGGCCGACUCCUACGACCACAUGGCCUCCAGCGUCCUCAUGCAGCUGCCCAGUGCCACCCUACAGGGGGUGGUGCUCUCCCCGAGCGACGGCGGUGUCCACCUGGCUGACCCAGACUGCGGCGACUACAGGCGUCCACGACCCCCCUCCAAUGGCUUCAUGGGAACAUUUGGGAAGACACCCUGGAGGCCUCCUAAGCAAGUGUACCCUGGCGUCACAGCGACCGGGGUGUCUCAAAGCGGGGUCACACUCCACGAGAACCCCUACGCCGCCCUGGAUACUGACUCCAGCCACGAAGAAGACCCCACCCCCCCGAGGUAUCAAGACGUCCAGCAGGACCAGAGUCAUGGCAUCUAUGAGCAGCCGAUCGACAUCAACAGGACAGAAGGAUCGUUUCAAGGACCCACACAGGCUAGCACGUAGCAACAUUGCUAUGUGUCGCUAGCAAUGAACUCUUUUUGAUGGACAUGUUUCAAUGUAAUUUUGACAGAAAGGGGUAAGAUGACCAAAAAGACAGACCUGCUACCUCAGUAUGGACACUUCGAUGUACGGACCCUUUUUGUCUUUGUGAAAGGAUAAAUGGACAAUUUCAUGUACGGACCUUUUUUGUCUUUGUGAAAGGAUAAAUGGACAAUUUCAUGUACGGACCUUUUGUCGUUGUGAAAGGAUGAAUGUAAACUCUGUAAACCAUUGUACAAAAUGUAAAACCUUUCAAAGUAAAUGCAGACCUUAUUGGGGUAUAGUAAUAAGUCUUUUUUUUUUUUUUUUUUACUUUUGGGAAAUUACAUCAAUACAAGAUAUUGAAUAUAUAUAUAAAUAUAUAUAUAUAUAUAUAUAUACAUUUUUAUACAAAGUCUAAGUAUAUUUUGUAAAUGAAUAGUGUACAUACAAACCAUUAUUUUUGCUUACUUUUUUCCCUGAAAAUGUAAAGUUGUUGUAAAAAUGAAAUGUUGCGACCAAGUGUAUCCAGUUACUCAUGCUUAAGCUAUUUGCUGAGUAAAGCACCCUUUUGCACAUACCCAUAACCUAAUAAAACACCAUACCAUGUGCUGCUACGUACAUUAAUCUUG